GGGCGGGGCGCGCAUGCGCUGGUCCUGGGCUGGCGGCGGCGGCGGCGGAGGGGAAUUAAAAUGGAAGAUGAGGAGGUGGCCGAGAGCUGGGAGGAGGCGGCCGACAGCGGGGAAAUAGACAGACGAUUGGAAAAGAAGCUGAAGAUCACGCAGAAGGAAAGCAGUAGAAAAUCCAAAUCUCCUCCUAAAGUGCCGAUCGUGAUUCAGGACGACAGCGUUCCUUCAGGUCCCCCCCCCCAGAUCCGGAUCCUGAAGCGGCCGGCCACCAACGGUGUGCUCAGCAACCCCAACUCCACCACCAGACCAGCGUUCCCUGUCAAGUCCCUGGCACAGAGGGAGGCAGAGUACGCCGAGGCCAGGAAACGAAUACUGGGCAGCGCCAGCCCUGAGGAGGAGCAGGAGAAACCCAUUCUAGAUAGGCCAACGAGGAUCUCCCAGCCGGAGGACAUCAGGCAGCCCAAUAAUGUGAUUAGGCAGCCCCUGGGCCCCGAUGGUUCACAAGGCUUCAAACAACGCAGAUAAACGUGGGCAUGAGAGGAUGCUGCAGAAAGCAGGGUCAGCCGCCACGGCUCGCACUGCUGUGGCGGACAAAUGGACUUGAGCAAAGGGAACUACCUGGUUUACUUGCACUGUGAUCCCCUUUGCUCUGCCCACUGUGACCUCCAACCCCACGCACUGUGACCUCCCUGCUCCACGCACUGUGAUCAGCAAACUGACGAGGGCUGUCCCCAGUCACUGUAAGCAGGAAGGGGAGGGGAGGGUAAAGGACUCGGACAGGUGCAAAGAGUCAUGUGUGCCACUUUGGUUCAAGCUAGUGCCAGCAAUAAUGUUUGUUGUACUUGUAACCUGGGAUUUAGGAAAAAAAUGGGAAGCCUCCCCAGACACACAUUUUGUCUUCAUCACUUUAAGAGCAAGUUCUGUUUCAAAGGAUAUCUUUUGAUUUUUUUUUUCCUUUUGUUUUCUGUUCGUAUAUCGGAUUGACUUUCAAGGGAGUGCAUGGAAAGGGUUUUAACUGUUUAGUUUGUUUUAACUGAGAGAGGUAGCUAAGUGUUUGAAAAGGAACUUCACUGAAUUCCUGCAACUUUAGUGGUUAGGGUUUGACAAGCUUAGCUUCUCGUUCUGUGUUUCUACCACUGCCAAGCAAACUGGACUCUGGGUGCCCAGCCUUUCUGCUUGCCAUGGCCUGGGAGCCAGUGGAGUCCAAUGACCUGGUUUGUGUAUUGCACCUGUUAAAGCUUGGCUAGUGUUUUCUGCUGGCUUGAGGGGAAGAAAAAAACUUUAAAUACAUCUUUUUGUAUGUGGGGAGAAGGGAAUGUAGACAGAUCCCAUGAAAAUGCCUGCUGUUUGGUUACUGCUUGCAGCAGAGCUCAUCUGCAGGGAGCUAGGGCUCUGUGACACCUGGACGUGCAGGCUAGGAGGGUAAUAGUGCUGCGUGGCUCUCAUCUGCUCCAUGAAAUGAACCCAUGGUGAAGAGCUGCGUUCCGUCCAGCCUGCGUGGUGGCUGAUGUGACGGCGGGGAGCGGGACGGCCGCUGCUCCCAAGGUUGAAACCGAAGUGGCUUACAAUGGACUGAAGACUCUGAUCUCUGUUACGGUACGAGCCGGUGCUGUACCUGAUACACACGCUUCUAGAAAUCACAGACAUUUAGGAACAAAAUGUGUUCAAUCAAGUCUGGAAACCUCCCCAUCGUCGUACGCUGUGGGUGGUAACGGCCAGCUUUCCGCUGGGCUUCAGGGAAUGGAUUGCUCUUGCUGCUCCUGCUCCCACGAAGAGGCAGGAUUUCAGGCAGCUUGUAGGCUGAAAGCUUCCCAGGAUGGCGGCGGUGGUGGAGAAGAGCCAUGAGGAGCUGGUGUGUGUCACAGGAUGCUAUUGAACGUGGAUGCUUCCCCCGUGCGCAGUGCUGUCUGUCCUAAUGCACGCUAGACAAAGCUGGCCUAUCUUGAUAUUCCUGUCUCCAGGGAUUAGAUGAACACUAAGGCUCUUCUUGGAGGGGAUGUAACGGGCGACGUCAGGCGUGGAGGCGUUUCUGCGUGUCGUGAGGACCUCGACUGUUCAUUCAGCUGAAAUGGCCGCGGGCCGGCGGAUUGCUGCGUGCUCAGUACCUAGAAAAUACUGUUGUUGGCUGUCAGAGGAUUAUUCUGUACGGGUGCAGUGUUGCCAGAUGCUUUGUGCUUGGCAGAUAUGGUAAAUGAGCAAACCUGAUGCCUUCUGACUGAACAGAAGUGACUGUGCCAUGCCAUGUUGUAUGGGGAAACUCCCAUCUGGAAAGACGUGGAAGGAAACACGGCUUAAAAAAAGGUAAAAUAAAACUACCUGUGUACAAAAAAGAGAUGGCAUCUGCUAGAAUGUCAGUUGGCUCCUUGACCCUGUGUCACCCUCCACGUGAGUUCCCGGAACCCUGAGUGACUGGCGAAGGAGGGUGACGAGGUGGGAAUGGCAGAAGCCUCGUCCCACCGGGAUCCCAACCCAUCUCCGUGGCUUUAGAAGCUAUAACCUUGCUGCUUACUGAGCUCCCUCUCAGGCUGGAGGCGCGUCUGUGAAACUGAUUUAUUUGGGGUGGGUGGGAGCAGGAGGGGAGAAGGACAUUAGCAAUAACUGUAGUCACCGCACCUUUCCUUAACGACCGCUCGAUAGCUUCUAUUCCAGAAGGCUGGCAGCUGGCACAACAACCCCGACCCCAGCUCCUGGCGUAGCUUCCCGCUACCUUGCCAAUGUUAGAUGUCUCCUCCCGUCCGUCAGGUGCCUACCACCCUUCUCCUUGCACACCCGACCUUGUUCUCCAGCACUGACCGUGCGCCGAUGCCUCAGCCGUGGCGGCUGCUCCCGACCUGCAGGCAGGGCGAGACGGCGGUCCCUGGGCACGCGCCUUCUUUCGUGGGGCCGAGAGCUUCUCCCGCCGCCCCGUCAGAGCGCGCCCGAGUAUGCAGAGAAACAUUUUAUAAAUUGUAUUUUCAAUAAAUGUGUUUAAACUUUU